UGACCUGAUGACCGAUGAAGUGAAAGUUUUGGACUGGAUGGUAAUGGUCGCUUGAGUUUGUUUGUCAUUGUAGAUAAAUGUAGGCUCUUCGAAUGUAGGCUCUUCGAAUGUAGGCUCUUCGAAUUUCAAGUUGACUAUCAGUUGCCGUUGCUCGAACCGUAGCUGUGUUGGUGAUGCCAUCCACCUGCGUGUGUGCAGAGCAGCUGUACCAAUGUUACGCUGGCCAAAUUGAUGGUUUUCCAACACCGAUGAACGCCCAGAGUGGAGUUCGUGAUGUUUUCACGUUUUUUCCCUAAAAAACAUCGUGGAGUCGAGCACAUAGCACUGUACAACUUUGAGAAGAGCCGUCCCGAUGAGCUGACCCUUGAAAUCGGUAACCUGGUCUACGUAGUGGAGUCGGACGGCCUGGGAUGGAUGCGUGGCACGACAAGCGGCCAUACCGGCUGGUUUCCAGCGUCCUACGUUCAAGACUUCAAGACAGCGACCAGCAAUGCUGACCUGGAUUUCUCCGAGGACUUCGAUUCAGAUGAGUCGGAUGAGACCUCGGGUACGAAUGAUGACGAUGAGGAGGAGGCCGGCGAAACCAGUAGUGCUUGCACUAAUGCUACCGAGGAUCAAAGUGACUCGGAAAUCAGCGAGGACAUGUAUUCAGAGAUACCAGCAUUGCUCCGCAAGACACGUAGCCAGGGCGUAGAAAAGCGGGAGAAGUCUCCGACGGAAGAAGACGGCGAUGAUGGUGACGAAGAAGAUGAUGACAAUGAGGAGAGCGGAAUUGAGUGCCGUGCGCUCUUCACCUACGAGGCGCAAAAAGAGUCUGAGCUCUCUUUGAAGGAAGGCUGGACUGUGUGGGUAGUGGAGGCCCCCGAAACCGGCUGGUGGCGUGGCUUCAUCGACGACGAAGUCGGCUGGUUUCCGUCAACCUACGUGGAGCCGGUCAUUCAGCAUGAAGAUGAUACGUGUGAAAGCGGCAUGACGGUACCUGCUGCCGUCUCCGCUUGUACGGUGAUCAACAAGCAUGUUAGUGAGAUCACCGUCUUCACGGAAGAAAUGGAAGCUGAAGAGAACACGACCGCCGUGUUGGGCAAGAACUCGGUGGAGAGCGUUGCCUACUUGGAUAUCAGCGAGGUGAACAAAGUGGCUGCCGGCUCAGCGUUGGCACCCCACGCUCACUGCUCGCCUUCCCAGUCGCAUCACGACUCCAUCGUCGCCGACUCUGGCGAAGAUGUGUAUGGCAACCUUGAGAGCGACACCGACGAUCGCUUGAGCGUCACUUCCGGCGAGCAGUAUGGCCAGCUUGGAGAAAACCAGUCCAUGGCGCAUGCCAUACUGAAGCAAGUGCUAGGAGAAUCACUACCCAAGGAGCUGAAGAGUGAUACCGCCGGUCGUCUUUCCAAUACCGAGGACAAUGAGCCCGUCGAGUACUUGGACGUCAGUUCCCUAAACUGCUCCGCCGUGCCGAGAGCGGGCAAACCGCCUCCCAGAACGCCCAUGGCUUCGAGCAUCGUUAGUAGCACCGUCUCUAGCGACAAUGAUAAUGACGAUAUGUACAUGGACGUCAGCUGCCAGCGGCCAACACUAGACUACGCCCCAGACAGCGGAGCAAGCGAGCAGGCUGAGUAUCUAGACGUGUGCGCACUGGACCGCGCUGAGAUCCUGCAGCAACGCCGCGCAUCCACGAUGACAUCGCUGUCCACGUCGUCGCUGUCUAGUAUGAUUGAGUCGCUACCGAACCAGCCGCACAGUUGCAGUACGGCUGAUCCAGACACGAAUAGUGCGCCAGGUGAGAGGAAACUGUCUGGUACUAAGAACCCCAAGGAGAAAUCCAAGGACAAGGAGAGAGCGCGGCGUGAGGCAAGAGAGGAGAAGGAGAAAGAACGCCUGCGACGGGAAGCCGAGGUGAAAGAAGACCGAGAACGUGUGAAAGCGAAAAAGGAGGAGAAGAUAAAGGAAGCCAAAGAGAAAGAACGUGUGCGUAAGGAAGAUCGAAAACGCAAGAAAGAUGAGAAAAAGACGAGUGACGGCGCCAUGCAAUUCUUUAAGAAGGGCACUCGCCGCAUAGUCAACGAGUCAGUGUUAGGUACGGUGAGCAAUCACAGUGCAGUGCCGGAUCUUGGUGACAUCGGAGAUCGGGAGGAGGGGAUGCGUGCCCGCACGCGCUCUCAGCCAGUCAAUCCUCAAUCUCUUCUUGAUAGGUCACCGCGGACCAUCAAAACGAAAUUCUUGUGGAAGUUUACCAAACGAACGGAAAGCGAAAUGGACGCAUCAGUCGAUGGUGACAGCAGAAGGCUUGAACGGAGUGCACUUGCCGGGCCUGAACGGGGUGCAUUGUCUGUAGGCAGUCAGCGGGAUGCAGUCUCUUCGAGUUUAAGGAAUAUUUCUCAUCAUGACAAGAACCGCAUCGUUCUCUCAUCUGGAGGAACAAUUCGACGCAAGAACUUUUCAAAGGAAAGCCGGAAGAAGAUGGAGCGCCAGUUGAGUGAAAGCAUUGUACGCGUGAAGAAAGUCAGUAGCAAGGCCUCCAUACCGAUUAUACCGUGCGAGCCUCCUCCGCCACCUCCAAAGAAUCGUGUCCAGGGACAUCAUAAUCAUCAGCGUGCUGAAGACAAGGCUGUGGAGCUGUACGAGACAAACAGUGAGAUUCGCUCCAAGGUCCUGAACGCUGCCGCUAAGAACAAGGACAUGAAAGCGCCGCCGGUGGUCCCGGAAAGAGUGGUCCGCGGCAAUCGGCCUCCUGGUGGCGGCGAUGGCAGCGGUGGCGGUGGCCUGAAGAAGCGCACCAACAACUCAAGUAGCUUCAUGUCCAACGUGACAGUCAAGCGACAAGCCCGCACUCCAGAGUCAAAGUCGGAUGCCGCCGGCAAGAAGAAAACGCAGCGGUCCGAACACAAGUCUUUCUUUGCUAAAUUCAAGGGAGCGUCCGUCGAGGUUGUUACGCCGCGCCCUGUCAUUUCUGAUCCUCACCUCCUGGCGACAACCAAUACGUUCACUCGUCUAGCUACCAUGCCAAAACGUGCUAUCGCGGAUCGCCAGCGAAGCUGCUCGUUUUCAGCGCCGAUUAACAUGAACGUUGUUUCUAAGGCGCGUUUCCGCUCGUCCUCUCUGACUACCGACCAGAUAGAAGCAAAUAAAAUAUUUGAUCGUGAUCGUUCGACGCGUCCUCCCUCGCAGCUCUCUGUCACUUCGGAGGAUCCUGUUCAGCGCUCUUCUUCGUUCAACAGCGGUAUGCGACCAAAGUUACCGUUGCCAAUGCGUCCGCGUGGCUCUUCGUCUUCUAGUGGCCCUGUGUUGCCAGCAAGGCAGCCACCGCCGUUGCCAGGCGGUAGUCCUGUCAGUGUUGGUUCGCUGACUACUGGCAAGAGGGGAGUGCAGAGUCUGAGGAUGCGAUCCGUGUCAAUGGACUGUCCCACACACUCACCUCCUACACCGGAAUCGGCAUCGGGUAGCAGCAGUGUGUCGUCCGGUAGUGCAGCGUUUUUAAACGAACACAGACAAGCAGCGCCUCUACCAUUGGAGUCGGUCUCUAACGCUAUGUCCCCACUUUCGGAAAAGUCCGCGCCAAACUCUGCCUGCAGCUCUGACGCGCGUCCGGGAUCACAAGAGACAGGUGAUGUGCCAGCGGAAUCACUAGCAGAUGGUGGUGUAGCCGUGGCGUCGGCAAUAACAGCGGAAGUACGGACGGCCAUCAUACCACCUAGUGCUGCUGCGAGUGCCAGGAACAGCUGCGAAGAUGUCUCUUGUCAGUCUAUGCCUGCAGCGCAUGUGACUCCUGGAUUACCGCAAUCAUCGGCGAGUGGGCCCAACUCGAAUGCCUACAACGAUGACCUGAGUGAUAGUUCGAUGCCGUCGUCUCCGCCUGCCUCCACCAUGUCACCAACGGCGCGUAGGAAACGCAAGUUGUCGUCGCGGGUGCGGGCAGCGUCAGAGCGGUUCGAGUCGACUCACUCGGAAUCCGAGCGCUCUCAGUCGUCGCAUUCGCUGACCAUCACUCGCCACAGCUCGAUGUCCACGGGCAUCAAGCAGUCACCGGCCGCGAGUCCCUUGAGCGACGUUCAGCGCGCUGCAUCCUUCUCCAAACCUACUACAGGCGUCACUACUACUAAAGAAGUCAAGAAGCUGCAUGGUAAUACGUCUAAACUAAUCCAAAACUUUCAGAGCCUCUCGGGCACCUAGAAAGCACCAGCAGGUAAAGGCUACUUGUGUAGAGAUUACUGCACGAUGAUGCAGGUCAUGUCACGUGUCCGCCUAGCUCCCAAUUUUGAGUUCAACUUUUUUUUUAAAUUCCACUGUUUCAACCAUGUACAUGUAGUAUGUGUCAUCUGUCUGAUUUAUAAACAAUCCAUCGACUUACCUUCAAUAACUUAAUUUCCACGCAGCCCAUUGUAAUGUCUAUGUGUUUAGGUGUGUUUGUACAUAACAAUUGUAUCCGCUAUCAGCUAUAGCUGAUCCAGCCAACGCAUGCGCUACAUGCAUACCAGGUGUGUACUCGCUUACACGUUGGCAUUCUUACGCCAAUGGUUUCCCUUGCCCUCUGCUCUUUUUUGUGCCGUUGAAACAGCUUCGUUUGUUCCAUCAGUUUUCUAGCGAUCUAGCGCCGAAGCAAAUACUCUCUGUGCUUUCCGCUACGAUGCGCAGUCGUCUUGUUCUGCUGCUAUCUGUCUUCUUCUUCACGUUGGCGCUCUCACUUCCUGUCGCAGACACUUGUACGCCGCGUCCUCUUAAUGCCCCCGUCCCUGUCCAGCACGCUCUUUAUCUACACGCCGCUUGCAGCGAGUGCAGCACCUCUCUAUUUGGUUUUUUUCUUUUCGCCAGGGUACCGGAGUACCACUCGCGCCCAACUAAGACAGUGUACAUUUAUUUCCCCUUAGUCUUAUUCUAAACUUCUACACAAAUCUCUUGCAAGCGUCAAGUUUCACUGGUGUAUAAGUAUGGUGAGUGACCUUUGCCUGGUACUCCCUGUUGGGCUCCGGUUCAGAUACUUGUAAAUAACUUUUCUUUCUCUCCUCUCCUCUAGAUUUUCUUUUCUUCAUCUUGUUCAUGUUGAAGGAGUUCAGCAAUUUGCUCGGAGUAAUAUUUGA